AUGAUCCAUUACCUCUUCCAAGGAGGGAUCCUCUCCAACGUCGUCAAUGCGGCGGUCCUCCUCACCGGUGGGUUUUUCGGUUACGUAAUUAUCUAUGGUCUCUACAAUAUCACCCUUCAUCCACUGCGGUCCUAUCCCGGUCCCCUCCUUUGGUGUGCCUACCGCUUCCCAUGGACACGAUCCGUCCUCUCUGGGCGCUUCCCAUUCGAUGCACUUGAGCUUCAUAAAAAAUACGGCCCAGUCGUUCGGGUCGCACCGUGGGAACUUUCAUAUACCGACUCGAGCGCUCUGAAAGCCAUUAAUGGUCACCACAACCCAUCCAGCGAAGGAUUCGGUGAAUUCCCCAAGGACCACAUAGAGUACCAGAAGCCGCUGAACGGCAUCUACAGCCUUCUUGGAGCCAAUGGUCCUGACCACGGUAGAUGUCGACGACUGCUUAGUCACUCAUUUUCUGACCAGGGUAUCCGCGCAAUGCAGCCACGGAUCCAGAGCUAUGCUGACCUACUUGUGAGAAGGCUCGUAGAAGCCGCUGGUACGGGAUACAUCGACAUCCUCAAAUGGUACAAUUGGACAACUUUUGACAUGAUAGGUGAUCUGGCAUUUGGCGAAUCAUUCCACUGCCUGGAGACGGGCCAAACGGAUCCAUGGAUUGCUGCCAUUUUUGGGAAUAUGAAGGCGAUUCCGUUUAUACAAGCAAUUCGGCAUUACAACCUUAAUUUACUACUCCCUUGGCUUACACCAAAAAAGCUCCUUGCGCUCCGGAAGUCAAAUUAUGCACGGACUGACGCUAAGAUUGAUGAACGUAUUGGAUUUGGCACCGAACGCGGUGAUUUUUGGGACGUCGUAAUUGCGAAAAGCGAUUUCGAAAAAGGCACCGGCAUGACGGUAGAAGAAAUGAAAAGCAAUGCUUCACUUCUCGUUCUUGCAGGAUCUGAAACGACAGCGACUCUUCUCUCUGGAACAACCUAUCUCUUACUGAGAAAUCCCGAUGCCAUGAAGAAGCUUAUUGAAGAAGUACGUGGUGCGUUCAAACACGAGGAUGAGAUGGACUUGAUGUCAGUGGGAAAACUUGAUUACAUGCUUGCGGUUCUGGAUGAAGCCAUGCGCAUAUAUCCUCCAGUCCCGAAUCAAGGCAACAGAAGAGUUCCAUCCCCUGGAGCUAUGGUAGCAGGGAAAUGGGUCCCUGGUGGAACCUCGCUUCAAGUCCAACAGUACGCUGCCAAUCACAUUCCCUCCAACUUUACGCGCCCCGAGGACUUCGUACCAGAUAGGUGGUUCGCCAACCCGCCUAAUGAAUUUGCCAAUGAUGACCGCGCCGCUCGCGCCCCUUUCAGUUUCGGACCUCGAAACUGUAUUGGCCGGAAUCUUGCUUAUGCCGAGAUGAGACUCAUCCUGGCCAAAGUUUGUUUCAAUUUCGAUCUCGAGCUUGAUGAGAGCAGGUCGGCGAAUUGGAUUGGUGAUCAGAAGGUUUUCGCACUUUGGGAGAAGCAUCCACUUUAUGUCCGGUUAACGACUGUGCAGCACUAG